CCACUAAGGCUCCAUGAUCUCUCUCUAUAAAUGCAGAGACACAUGCUGGUCUCAAUCCACAAUUCUAUCGAGUUUCCUUGCUUUCCAAGCUUAAACAAAGUUUCUCCAUAAAAAGAAAAUUAUUCCGAAGUUCCAAUGGCCUCGCAGUUUCUAUUGUUAGCAUGCCUUGCUAUGACAGCUUCUAUUGCUUUGGCAUCUGACCCAAGUUCUCUUCAGGAUUUUUGUGUGGCUGAUCCAUCAAGCUCAGUACCCGUGAAUGGACAUGUGUGCAAGGACCCCAAGCUAGUUGUCGCCGAUGACUUCUUCUUCAGUGGACUUCACCGUGCAGGCAACACAUCAAACGCUGCUGGUUCAAAGGUGACCCCUGCUAAUGUUGCCCAGAUUCCAGGACUUAAUACUUUUGGUAUCUCCCUAGUUCGUAUUGACUAUGCACCAUGGGGUAUCAAUGCUCCACACACUCAUCCUAGAGCUACUGAAAUCUUGACAGUCCUUGAAGGGAGCCUCCAAGUGGGUUUUGUCACCUCCAAUCCCGAAAACAGACUUAUCACAAAGGUGCUUCAGAAGGGCGAUGUGUUUGUGUUCCCAGUAGGACUUGUGCAUUUCCAACACAAUGUGGGAAAUGUUAAUGCGGUAGCCAUUGCAGCUCUGAGCAGCCAAAAUCCAGGUGCUAUUACCAUUGCCAAUGCAGUGUUUGGAUCAAAGCCUGCCAUUUCUGCUGAUGUUCUUGCAAAGGCAUUCCAAGUCGACAAGGACACAAUCUACGAUUUCCAGUCCAAGUUCUAGACUCCAACUUGGAACCUUUCAAAAGGGGUUUGACAUGCGGUUCAUUUGAAGUGUGUACAAUAUUUUACUGUUCAUUUAGCAAUACGUACAAUCAUGUUCAGUCUGAUUUUUUGUUUGAUUCUUUUACUUCAAGAGAAUGAUUUGUUUCUGAUUA